GUGUGACGUAGUUGCUUUAGUGGCUUCGGUGGAGUGAGACUUGGAACCUAUAUUGUAAGGUUUUGAAGGCCCCACGGGUUGAUUAUUACUGUUGAAAUUGGCAUGGGUGUUAGUGAGCAUCUAUCUGGACCAUGACGGAGAUGAAAAGUGUGAUGAUGAGUGAAGGUGGUGGGGGUGAGUGUGGGAGCGGGCAGAGUGACGUCCGCCCGAUCACACACCAGCUGUGGUUACGACACCGCCAAGACGACGACGAGGAUGAUGACGACGAGGAGGGGGGCGUGACCAGGAGCGAGAGAGGCGUUAGUGUGAGUGAGGGCGGGGAGGUGGUGGUGGUGGGCGGGGGUGGGGCUACAACGUUGUACAGUAGGGAGGAUGGAGCUACCGUGCUGGAGGCUGCUGACGGCACCACCACCGUUCUCCGCCCGCACGCCCACGCCGCCACGCAGAGACUGACAGUCACGGUGGAGGGGGGCGAGGGCGGCGUGGGUGGUGAGGGCAUGACAGCCAUAGUGGACGGCCAGACGGGCACGGCCACGCUGGUGGAGGGCGCCGAGGUGGUGCGCACCCAGGCUGUGUCCUACGCCACGCCCAUCCUGCACCACGUAUUUCUGCAGGCGGCGCCCGCCACGGCCAGUACCACCCACGCCUACACCACCCACACGACGCUCCUGCACACCACCCACACGCCCACCAUCCAGCCCUCCACCGCCACGCCCCGCAAGGUGCCCCCUAUGCUCAACACCUCAGCCACGCCCAUCAUCCUGCACCCUAACAGGACCGUCAAGCAGGAGAACAACAGCAGCAGUGGUGGCGGUGGCAACAGCAGACUGGUGGAGGUAGUGACGGGCUCGACCACCAGCAUCACCACCAGCACCAACACCAUCACCACUACCUCCGCGUGCGUGGUCGGGGCUGGCGACCUUCUCCUCUGCCACCCACAGCAGACCACUUCCCACCCUUCCACGGCUUCCCAGUUCCUCUUCCCCUCCUCGUCUCCACCGCCCUCCUUGUCACCACAAUCGUCGUCUUCGUCAGCGUCGUCGGUGUUGGGGUCGUCCUCGGGACCUCGUACUGACGAUGAGCUCACGCUGUUGUCUUGGCUUCAGGACUCCAACCUACUACGGGGCACGGCUCUGUCCCCUGUCAAGUUGAGCCAGGGCGUGGCGGGAGCAGCCACUGGUGAAGGCAGCGAGGUGGUCAAGGCCGAGUCUCCCACCAGUGACUAUGGUGAUGAAACCUCGGAUCCUUUAGAACCAGGGGAGCUCACCCUGAAUGACCAACCUCACACUCAGCCCUCGCGCUCACAGCCCAUACCAUACAAUCCUCAGGUACAUGUAAAUGCAAAGCCACCUUAUUCAUUUUCGUGCCUCAUCUUCAUGGCCAUUGAGGACUCGACUAAUAAAGCUCUGCCAGUGAAGGAUAUCUAUGCCUGGAUAUUAGACCACUUCCCUUACUUCAGAAAUGCCCCCACUGGUUGGAAGAACUCUGUCAGACACAACCUUUCUCUUAACAAGUGCUUCCGCAAGGUGGAGAAAGCACCGAACUUGGGUAAGGGGUCUCUAUGGAUGGUUGAUCCAGCUUACCGUCCAAACCUCCUCCAGGCACUGAGCAAAACCCCUUUCCAUCCUUAUUCCAAUCUGGAUCGUAUCUACAUGGUUUCUACAAAGGCUGCUUAUAACAACAGGCCAGUGCUGUAUAGGCAGCUUGGUGAAACAGUUGGUAAUCAAGGAAGUGUAGUGAGAACUGCAGUGAAUGUAGAGACUCCUGUCAUCAGCCCUUCUAAACCAGCUGGAGCAAAUGUUCCUGAUCCUGAACUGUUCCCAUACCUGGCACGCCGCUUGGGAUCAUCAACAGUAGGAGGACUUGGUACUCUUGGCACCACAGGUGUAGGAACACCAGCACCAGGAGUUCACAGUGAAGAUGUGGAUGCAGCAGCUGCAAUGCUAGCUCUCAAACAUGGAUCACACAUUGUUACACCUGCCAGUGAAUCUUACUCCCAACUAAGGAAUGGGAAAGAUACAUCUGUUUUAUAUGAAGAAUGCCGAAAAAGAAAAAGGAAAAGAAAACACACAGCAGUUGGUGAUGCACGAAUGAUGGUGAUCAGUUCCUCCCCAAGUGAGGAUCAUUCAUACACAUCAGUGGAAGGAGAUGACGACUACUCUGCAUCUUCCACACCUUUACAAGCCACGCCUAAUUCCACUGAACCUCAUUCUCACCCCUCACCACCUAAGAAGGUUAACCAUUCUCCAACCUCAAGUGUAGAUGAAGCCUUCUCAGAUGACUCAUAUGAUAGUGAUGUGACCAGUGAAGCAUCCCAAGCUGAUAUGCGUCAGUUAGUUGAGGGUGCGGAUGCACUACUGAAUCUAGCAGCUGUAGCGACUUCCCUUGCAUCACAACGCAAUUUCACUGGAUGUUCUUUACCCCCUACAAGCCCUCAACAUCACCAGCACCGCUCCUCUCCUAACCAACGCUCUCAUCGACCACACAAUUCUUCAAACUCCUCUCGUCUUGGUAAAGUUCACAUUUUGAAGCCAUCACCUGCCAAACUGUCACCUUCUAAGAGUAACCAUAACAGCAGUAAGAACAAGGCAGACCUUCUCCACAACAAUAACACAAUCAUUAAUAACAAUAAUAAAGUGUUGAAAGUAAGAAGGUUUUGUGGAGCUCAAGGUCGUGGUGCUCAUAGGCAUCAACUUCCAACUUCUCGCUAGGAGAUGAUGGACUUCUGUACCUAAAUGACAAAAAUAAUCAUGGUUUUCAAUGCAGGCAAACGUUUGCUAUAGAUUAGGCAUACUGACUCUUAUGAGUUAGAAGGUAUGUAAUAAAAUGUGCACAGAAUUAGACCUGCAAGGUCUCAAACUAGAAAGUGACUAACUAGUAUGCAAGGUACUGCAAUGCAUCUUAUGCAGUUUAGUGGUUGAAGUUGAUAUAUGUUUUUGUACAUUUUUUCAUAAAACUCUUUGUAAAGACAUUACAGUUACUUAAGGUGCAUAAGAAACACUUGCAGGCAGAGUUGUUAGUAUUGUAGAUACUGUAUUUUCCUAUUGUUGUUUGGCUUUCCUUCUUGUUUUGUUGGCAUUCUUUAUUAAAGCAUUAAUCUUGAAAAUGUGUCUGCUCCUUAGUGUUCAGUUUGAUCAUUUAUGGAGCAGUUAUGUUAUAAUAUAAUCACUGUGAUUAGGUACAGAAGUUUUCUUAGUGUGCCAUCAUUAUGUGGUACACACUACAAACACAUUUUGUAGUAUACUUAAAUUUAUUUGAUUAAAUUGUGGACUAAAGAUAGCAAUAAUUUAUGUUUACAAUGUUUAUAAACACACAAGAAUCACUUUGCACUAGUCUUCUCUGGUUUCCUUCGACAGUAAUGUGAAUGGAAAUUUACUUUGCAUAUGCAAUAAUUAUGGCUUGUAUAUGCACUACAUGCAUUAUUGAAGAGCAAUACUGUUUAUACACUAGCUGAUGUGUUAUUUUAUAAAGUGUUUAAAUAUACUUGGUAUAAGCCUGUAAUAUAUACCCAGAAAUGCUUUAUUGUACAUAUACUGUAUAAGCUGUAAAAUGAGAUUAAGAAUAUAUUUGUUCUUGUUUGAUCUGUAAAUGUUCUCCUAGUUUCUGAGGUUAUAAAUAUGACUACUUGGCCUGAUUAAUCAUACAGAUAAUAAGAUCAAAUUGGGGGGGGGGGGAUU